AUGCCAAUUGGAGAUGCCGACGAAAAACCCCUUCUCCACUCGCCGGCCGUCAAGAUCAUGGUUUUUUUUUUUACUUUCUAACUGUUGAAGAAAGAAUUUCACAAGGAAAGUCGUGAAAUUUGUUGAAAGAGGAAAAUAUCUCAUCGCUUAACCCGUCUCAAGAUAGAAAUCUGAAGCGAAAGUGCUGAGAAUUUUCUUCAACCUGUCUUUUUCAAAGAUUUUUGAGUUCAAAAUUCUUGAAAUAUCCAUUUUCUUACGAUAGUAAGACGCCGAUUUCAAACAUCAAAUAUGUAGGAAAAUUUAGAAAGUUGACAGAAGAUCAAGUCAGAAGUUGAAAUGAAAUUCAACUGUAUAAGAAAAAUAUAAUGUCACCGGAAAGUAUAUUUGAAAGCAUAGGCAGAAAAUUAAUGUUAGUUGCGCUUCUGUGUUAUCAAAAAAAUUGAUAAGGCGAAUCCAAACUUAUUUUUUCUGUGGGAAGAUCAGCACUUGGCCAACCUGAAAGAAUGCGUCGAUAAUGGAAGGUUCGAAUAAAAAUUAUUUUAAGAAAUAGAAUCCGAAAUCUAUAUUAUUUUCUUUAUAGUUACUUUUCACUUAUACUGCAGAUUUUUUGCUUUUCAACGAUCUUUACAAGAUAUCUGUUAUAUAGACACUUUUCAAGAUUUUUCUUCAAGCAAUACAUGUUAGAUGUGGAUUUUAAAAACUUACAAAAAGAAAAAAAAACAAGGAAUAUCUUCUCAAUUUGAAUAUUUGUCAGAGAAUGAGUCCAAAGUGCAACCUUGAAGACUUUCCUUUUUGUUGGGAUUUCGGAUGAAAGAAGUUCGGACAUGAUCCAGCCUAGUCGGCUAUGUAAAGAUGCGAGAGGCAGAUAGUACAUGGGCUUUGCCUUUGCGCUUUUUCUCCGCCACUUAGCUUCAUCUCCUUCUAAUUUCGUUAAAUUUUUUGGCUUUUUUAUUCUCCAAGUAUUAGCGUCCUUUUCCUCCAGUUACAUUCCUGCGGUUUAUUUUUUGAUAUGAUGGUUUUUGCUCAUAGUAAGAGCAGUUUAAAGUUUUCAGUAGCUAGAGUAACCAUGGCGAAUAAAUUUUAUUCAUUGCGGUUUUUUGAGAUAUUCGAAAGAAACGAAAAAUGUUUGAUUCUUAUGAUAAUCUAUGUCUGAGCAACGCCUUGAUAAGACUGAAGCUGGAUAAAUCGAAAAAAUGGGCAUUCGACUUAGAAGCUGUACGAUAAGCUCGUAGAUCAUCAAAAUCAUGUUUUUACAGUACCGGUUUUUUAAAGGUUAACGGCACAGAUUGCAUCUUUUUGCUGUGAAAUAAUCGCGAAUUUUGCUGUUCUUUUUUACAGAAAUUUGGACCUUUUGCUGUAUAAUAAUCAUAAGUUUUGCUUUUAUAAUCCGUAAAGAAAAUUUCAGAUGGCCUCAUCCACUUUUUAUAUUAAGUCCCAACAGUUUUUGAGUUUUCCAAAGAGCCAGAAGGUUUCGUGAACAGACAGUACUUGAGUUUUUACCUGAGGAUAUUCCAAAAGUUGUUUCAAAGUUGGUUUCAAGGUGCCCCGAGUGUCUAUCGGUAGAGAGCAGACGGCUGCCGGCAGCAGCAGUAAAAUGAAGACGACGAUUUUGGUCUGGUUGACCCUCCAAAACAGCAUACACACUCUACUUAUUAGGUAGAUUCUCGUCGUCUUGAAAGAUCCGAAUAUUUCGUGUUGUUAGGUACUCUCGAGCUCGAGAAGUGGAGGCGAUGUUCGUGUCAACCGUCGCUGUUUUCCUCACCGAAGUCAUUAAAUGUCUCAUUUGUCUAUUUUUGGUCCUACAAGAGGAAACUCCUCGGAGGUUUUUCUUGAGUCUCUCAUAAUUAUAUAGAAAUGAUUUUUCUAGGUUUUUCUCUGCGUUGAAAUCUCAAAUAGUCGAACAACCGGGCGACACGAUCAAAGUUUGUAUUCCGGCGAUGAUUUACAUCGUUCAGAACAAUCUUUUUUACGUCGCCGCCUCACAUUUGGAUGCUGCUACCUUCAUGGUAUUGGUUCUAAGGUCGACAAAAAGAAAAAAAAAGUUCAGAUCACUUCUCAAUUGAAAAUCUUCACGGCCGCGAUUUUCACAGUUAUCAUUCUUCGACGCUCUCUCAAUAGAACUCAAUGGUUGGUAGAAAAUUACAUACGCACAAAAAAUAAGGGGCUUACACAUGUUAGCUUGUUGAUUAAAUUUGCAUAGGCUUUAUACAAUUUUAAGUAUGAACGAAAGUUUUGCUUGAAAAAAAAAGAAAAUCUAGCCUAAAAAGGAAAUAAACUCUGGUUGAAACUUUAUAUGCUACAAUUAUGGCGGAAAAAAUUGAUGAGAGAGCUAAUUUCUGUUUAUGACUUCAUUAGUUUGUAUAAGGGUGCCGUUAAUUUGUAAUUUUGAAUUGUUCGAUUUUUGUAAAAAGAUCAAUUCGAAAACUGGCUUUUCGACGCAUGUUUUGAGAUAAUCAUGGUUUAUCCUACUCAUAUUCCAAUAACAUGUUUUUCGAACCACUCACUUCAUCUAUGGAACAGUCGCCUCAUAAAAAUUAGGUUUUCAAAAGGAAAGAUUUUUUUUUAAAAAAGCAAAUUUCGUGAAGAUGUUGCCUUUCUCACUAGUCAAAGUGAUAAUACGAUUUUUUUGACCGCUUUUCUAAUAUUUUGAUAAUAAUGAUGUAUUUUGGCUGGUUUUUUUUUUGUGUAGCUUUUUUGGGCUCACCGGGGAUGAAAAUUUCGAAAGAACGAUCCAUUGGAGGUGAAAAAAACCUGGCUUUUUUUACUCAAAGAGAAAUAUUCCGUUAAAAUAGGAGUUCCUGUCGAGUCUUUCCUAGUCAUGGAGAAAGACGAAAUAAGAUAUUUUUUUAUAAGUGUCUAUCUGUACUGAUAAAUAGAUUUUUAAUAAUUGUUUUUUUGAUGUUUUUCUGUCUGAGAUGUAAAAAAAUAGAGAAGUAAUCGGGAUGGAGGCCAAGUACAAUCUCAUUAACGCCGGAAAAAAGUGUUGAUUGAGGUUCGCCCUGGGUGUACUCUUUGUCGGCGUCUCUUUGGUGCAACUGCAGACGACUGGCGCCGCUUCCCAUUUGGCCGGACAGAGGCCGGUCAUCGGUUCGACGUCCCGAUAAAAUCUCAUAUGCCUUUUUUCGGAUUCAGGAUUCACCGCCGUGGUGAUAGCCUGCUGUCUCUCCGGCUUCGCUGGAAUCUACUUUGAAAAAAUUCUCAAAGGAGCUGCCCCAGUUUCUCUCUGGAUGAGAAAUGUGCAAAUGAGCGUCUUCUCGAUCCCGGCCUCAUUUUUCGCAAUUUAUAUGCAAGUGAGGUCUUCACUUGAAUUAUCUUUAUAGUAGAAUUACACAUCUCGCAAAAAUAGCUUGUUUAACGAGUUUUAUUCAAAUUUUCAAGAAGAAACUAAAAGAAGCUCAUAAAAAUUGCAGGAUAGCGAAACGGUCGCGAAAUACGGACUACUGUAUGGAUUUGAUAGUAUUGUUUGGCUUACUGUAUUGUGGUACGGUAUUGGAGGUAAGCUUCAUCACAGUUUUUAAAAGUAUUUGAUCAAUUUUCAGAUGAUUCUCUCUGAAAUGACCAUUCUCUUAACAAAAGAAAAAAUAAAUCAGAAAGUUGAAGGAAAGAAAAAAAAAGUGAAGUUUUGCAGGUCUCUCUGUGGCAGUCUGCAUCAAGUACGCAGACAACAUCGCCAAGAACUUCGCGACCUCGGUGGCGAUCAUUCUGUCGACGAUUGGCUCGGUGUUUCUGUUCGACUUCGUUCCCUCGCUGAGCUUUCUCCUUGGCGCCUCCCUCGUCAUCUUCAGUAUCUUCCUGUACUCUUCGCACUCCUCCAUGGUCCACGCCUUGUCGCGGUUCCGAUCCGACGUCCUGAAGAGGGAGACUUUCUGUUUGUAGAUGUUUCCAUGCUUUAAUCUCAUGCGGGCGUUUUGUCAUUCAUUUAGUAUUUAUUGAUGAACCUUUGAAGUUAGGUAACUAUUGUUUUUCCUUUUUUGUUCUUUUCGCCGCGUCUUGAAGUACUUUCCUUCGCAAAAGAAUGGCUCAACCGCGAACCGAUUGCUUUGAGAAGCGCCCGACUUGAAACGACUCCCGCGCACAGUAAAGAAAGAAAACUAAUUUUAACCGCAGUGUAUUGAGCCUUUCUAAUUUCAAGUCGUGUCGAAAAAAUACUUUUAGAAUUAAAAAAUUCUUUUACUUCUUGUGUUUCAUUUUCUUUUUCUCAAAUAAUACGCAUUUCCGUCUUAACAGCUCUAAUAUUUGAAACAAAAUUUUUGACAAUUUAAUCAAAUCUCAAAAUAAUAUUCAUCAGUUCUCGGUUUUUAUACGGUUCCCUUUUCGACGCAAUCUUGAUAAUCUUACUUUCUUUUUUAUUUCAAGUGAUUGUGUUUCCGGUUUAAUUGUGACCCAGUUUAUAUAAUAGUUCUCAUGUUUAUCGAUAAUCGAUGCUUUCAUUUUUUUCAACUGUGAUUCCCUCUCUGUUCCUGUGGUUAAAUAACAAUUUUAUGGGUGUAAAGUGAAGAUUUUAUUUUUAGAUUUGUUUUUUUUUUCUGAGUUUUUCGGAAAAGUUGUACCGUUGUUUUAUCUUGUAAACCUUUUUUUUUUCAAAAGGAGGAAUUUUUCGUAUUUGGGAAGCUCUUUUUUUUAAAUUGCAUAAGGGGGUCAUAUUUAUGGAAGUUAUUAUACGUCGAGUCUUGAGGGGAAUCUUUUUAAUUUUAGCGUCUGAAAACUUUCGAGGAUAGGCUGGAAUUCCAAAUACUAUGCAUGCAUACACCCAUAUGGAUGACCUCGAAAAAGGCUUGAGGUUUUGAAAUCUCUUAUUAUUCUUGAAAGGUCAUAUUAAGGUUCCGUUUAGUCAAAACUGUUUAAGAACUUCAGAUCGUUCAGUCACUCCAGGUACAUAGAAAUUUGCAAUCUUCAACAUUUUCAUAAAAUUUGCAAAGAUUUUGAGAUAAUUUUCAGUGGGUUCUGAAGUUGCAACUCAAAGUAGUUUCAUUCUGGGACCUUGCGAAGUUCGAUAUUAUUUUUUUUUUUAGGAUUCCUCGAAGUUGGAUAGUAUUCAGAGUUUUCCGGUUAGAAGAGCUAAAAGAAGAAAAAAAUAUUUGAAUCGAAGUAGGACGAAAAGAACUACUCGAGAAUCGUAUAAACUGAGGGCAUGAGCAAUUGUGUGCAUACGUGUAUGAUUCGGGGUGUCUGUCCGUUUUGUGCUUCCAGCUGUUGCUGUUUCGCAUCUCUGGCGUCUCGUCGCCCCUCGUCCCGUCGCCGUUGGAUCCAACGCUUUGAUUCUCCCACGAAGUACGCCUUUGACGAUGCUUUUUUCCAAAGCUGCCUCUCCAUUUCUUGUUUUGUCUUUGUUUUGUAUAAUCAGUCCGUUCAAAAACGCUUGUUGAAGUCUUUGAAAGCUCAAAGUUAGAAAACUUCAUGAUAAUAUAAAACUUCUUGAAUUUAAAAGUUGAAAAGCACGAUAAAUUAAAUUUUAAGUACUUCUGAUCAAUCUGUCAAGUUUCAAAAUUAUCAAAAUGUGAGAAAAAUAGUUUUCCUAUGAAAUUUUUUGUAAUCUCACCACACUCUUGGGCUGAAUAGCUUCGAGACUGAAUUUUCGAAAUUCAAAGAUUGAUUUUGGCUAGGAAUUUUUCCCGUGAUAUCCAGAAAUAUUUAGAAGAAAAAAUAGCGUUAAUUUCACUACUUGUGCCUUGAAUUCAUUUGGUAACUUUUAAAAAUUUCGAGGCUUUUCCUUGGUUUCAAACUGAAAACACUCUUUUUUCGAUUAGAGCGAAAAGAAUGAAAUGGCUCUCGAUGAGAAUUCGGGGGAGAAGAAUGAAUCAUUUGCGGAUCUGUUUUUUCGCCCCAUUAUUCACUCGGUUUCCACUUUUCUUUUCUUUUUUUUGCCGAUAAUUUGAUUUCAAAAUUUUUCUAGUGAGGAAGUCCUUUUUCAUUCACAUUUUGAGAAAGCUUCAAAAACUUUCAUUCGGUUGUUUUCGCUGUCUGUUUGGUUUUAUAGAAUAAAUUUGCAUUUUUGAGCAUUUCACGCUCGAAAAACACAAAAAUGUGAUCUUCACAGUUUUAUAAGUACUCCCUGAUUUUUUUGUUAUCUCAUCCACAUUUUUCGGAUCUAAAACGAGAAUGUUAAAUCAUAAGAAAUUAUUUUCCAAUGAUCUUUUGCUUUUUGAAAACAAUGGAUGUCAUGAAGUUUUUUUCACCUUUCUUGCACGUUACCGAACUGAUAAAGCGUCAUUUUUAUCGAUUAUCAUUGGGGGCAAUUCUUCAAUCUGAAGAGGAAUGACGACAAAUUGUUUUUGAAACAUUUUCGGGUUGUUCAUUGAUAUUUUGAUGUCUUUUUUGUUCACCUCACGUCUCAGAUUGUUAUAAUUUGUUCUAAAUUAUGAUUGAAUUGGCAAGUUUGCAUUGAAUGCAAAUCAAUUUUUUUUUCAACGAUUUUAUUUAGCUUCAGGUUUCAGAAAAUGAAUAGUUAUACUACCUCGUUUUUGAAAAAUGAAAAAAAUUUUCACAUGAGCUUUGACCGUCGAAAAUUCUCGAAACGCUUUUAAAAACAGUACUUUUCUCCAUUUUAGAAAUAUCUUUUUACAGUGGACAAAGCUUUCGAUUUUUGA